AUGACAGAGGAAAAUAAGGACGCUGUCACUAAGAUGGACAUUACUCUUCAUGACAAAAGUCAUGAUGUCACAGAUGCCAAACUCAAGUUGGACAACAACAUUUAUCAGGCAGAUGAAAUCUCAAACCAUGAAGUCGGAGGAGAUUUUAUGAAUGAUAUGAGACCACAUGGGAGGUCACAAAUAACUCUUGGAGAUGGGCUUAACUUAGAUAGCACUUUUAGCAGGAAAAUGUCUCCGAACUAUAAACACUCAGGUACCUCAAUCAAUCGGAAAGAUCAGCUGAACCACAGUAUCAGUAAAAGGACCUCUAAGAAUUUUAACUUGACUUCGAUUGACAACAUGAGCGGAAGAAAGGAGGGAUCGCCAAAAAGUUCCUACGCAGCAACUGCUAUCCUAAAAUCCUCUAAUAAGGAGAAUAAGCUUUCAGAACAAGACGAAAUUGUCAAAAGAAGUAAAAGAAUCACUGAGAAGUAUGACAAGCAGAAGGACAACAUCAACGAUGAAAGCAAGAAUAGGAAGCUCAAGGAAUUCAAAAAGAUCCUUAAAAGAAAAGACGAUAACCUCCCUUUUGAGGACGGAGAAGAGGAAGCAGAGGCUAUUGACCAACAGGUUAUUUCUGAGAAUAGGAAGAAUAUGAAGAAGAGUUGAAUGGUGAUUUUCCCUGACAGUAAUUUCAGAACUUGCUGGGACUUGCUCAGUUUUAUAUUUACAAUCUAUCAGUCCAUUAUCAUACCUUUUAGGAUCAGUUUUGAAGAAGAUGCUAAAGGUGGAUUCUACUACUACGAAACCUUUAUUGAUGCUUUCUUCCUGGCUGAAAUCUUUGUCACUUUUAACACAGGGUACUACAGUCAUGGAAAUCUUAUCAUGGAGCGUAAAUACAUUGUACUAAACUAUAUGAGAACAUGGUUCUUUAUGGACUUGUUCGCCUCCUUUCCAUACUCUUGGGUAAUUUCCCUGACCAGUGGGGGAGGAGAAAGCACCACUGAAGAUGAUGAAUCUGAGAACCAAGGAGGUGGCUCAGCUGUAUAUAAAACUCCUCAGUUGCUGAGACUUCUCAGAAUUGUUAGAUUUUUAAGAAUUCUUCGUCUUUUAAGAGUUUUGAAAUUGAGAAAAUUGCUCAUGAGGCUUGAAGAUUAUAUAGUCUCAGAUAGAAUGAAUGCUCUAGUAGAAUUUUUGAAAUUAAUGCUCAUUAUUAUCUUUAUUGCUCAUUGGAUUGCAUGCUUUUUCUGGUAUGUUGGUGAUUCUGAGUGGAGGAAUUCUGGCCAAAGCUGGAUCUUAAACGCAGGAAUUCAAGACUCACCCACUGAAGACAAAUAUCUAACCUCCUUAUAUUGGGCCUUCACGACAAUGACGACAGUAGGAUAUGGAGAUGUGCAUCCCUCUACUCCUAAUGAAAGACUCUAUGGCUUUUUCGCAAUGCUUGUUGCAUGCGGAGUCUUCGCAUACACCGUUGGUAACAUUGGAGAGAUGGUCACUAGGCUUAACUUGCAAGCAACCCAGUAUAAGGAAAAGAUGACUUAUGUGAACCAGUUUUUGAUUCACAAAGAUAUACCCAAGGAUAUCAGGAUGAAAGUCAGAAAUUACCUCGAAUACAUCUGGACGUCGAAGAAAGAGAUCAAAAUCGAGGAGAAAGACGUUAUGAAGAUCCUUAACGAAAACUUGAGAGACAAGCUCACUUUGUACCUCAACGGAAGGAUUCUCAAAGACAUCAAAGUCUUUGAAGACUUUGAUCUUGAGUUCUUGUCUGAGAUAACCUUCAUCUUUGCUCAAGUCACUUACAUGAUUGAUGACAACAUUAUUGUAGAAGAUGACCCUGGAGGAAAAAUCUUCUUCAUAGUUAAAGGAAAAGUAGCAAUUCUCCACAGAAAAACAAGGACUUAUAUCAAGGAUUUAGGAAAAGACGAUUUCUUCGGUGAGAUUGGAUUUUUCUCUGAAAAACCUAGGCAAGCAACUGCAAAAUCUCGAGACUUCACUCACUUGUUGGUGUUAGAUCAUGAUAAAUUUGCUACAAAGGCAGAAGAAUUUAGAAAGACGAUGCAUAGGUUCUACCUGAUCAAAAACUCCAUCAACCAGGCUGCUAACUGGGGUACUGGAGAGUACUCUGAUCAAUAUAAACAUCUUAAAAUUACUUGUUAUGUCUGCAACAAGAUUGGGCACAUCGCCAUAGAUUGCAAAGAUUUUGACAAGAUCAAAGGAAACCUCAAGAAAUUCUACGACAGAAUGAGAGCGAAGCAAGAGAGCAAGAGGAAGAAAUUCGAAGCUGACAAUCAAAUUGAAGAGGAAGAUUUUGAGCUUGAAAAUCAAAAUAUUGCGAAUGGCAGGAAGUCUAUUAGGAAAUCGAUUAGGUUCAAUACUCCUAUCCCAAUCACUCCUGUUAACCAGGAGGAUGAAUCAAAGUCUGGUUCUUCAGACUCUGAUAGCCUAGCUCGAUCGAGUGAAAGCUCUUCAGAGAGUGGCUCUUUUGAUCAAGAAGAAUAUGAAGAAGAAAAAGAUGAGCCAGAGGAUGACAGUAUUAAAACAGAAUGGUUUGGAGAUGAAAAUGGAUAUAAUAACUCCUUUAAAACUCCUUCAGUUAACAAUGGAGUUAGUAUUCCUAGUUUUUCUGAUGCAAGCAACAUUAAGGCAAGCCCUCUUAAAGACUACAAAUCAUCUAACUCGUUUAAGAAGGAAAUUUCUAACUUGACUUCCAUAAAGAAAGAUGAAAAAGAAAAAACCAUCAAGCAGACUCUUAACCCUCCUGAUGAUAUUCUAAAAUUACAAUCUGUGAGAAAGUCUUCUAGUAAAGGAGAUUCUGUCUCUUCCUUCUCUUCCUCUACUGAAGAGAAGAUUGAUUCUUUAAAACUUUCACCGGACGAACCAAAGGGGAAAAUUGGUAUUGAAGUUGAAAAGAGAAAUCCAAAACUUAUCAACUAUCAAGAGCCAGGUGAAGUCCCAAAGUCCAGAAUUAGCGAGAAGUUUAUAGCCAGUCUUGAGGAGUCUAAGGAUAGUCCAAAGAAUAAGGCUUCCGAUAACUCUAGUAGAAGGAGUGAAAACUCAGAUAGGAAUUCUAACUUUGAAAAAUCAUUCUCCAUCAUAAACGAGGAUAUUUGAGAGGAGACUAAGAGUAUCGAGGCUUCAUUUAAACCAAACUCUAUGUUCAAGAAAAGCUCUGUUAAUUCAAAGACCGAUGGAUCUAGCAUGGCUAAAAAUAAGAAAUCUGGCACAACAGGGAAAGAAGAAAGCAAGAGCCAGAAAUCAGUCGAAGAAAACGUGACGCAUGCGAAUAACUUCGAAACUGAAUUUGCAGAGUUUGACUCCUUCGAGGACCACAAGAUCCAGGAUAAAGUGGAGGACAUAUUUGACCAAAAUGACUCUAUUUCCAUAUAAAUUUCUUCUAAGGAUUCAGCACAUUGA